CGCCGGAUUCAAACGCUCCCAACAGUGCUUAUCCAUACGCAUGAACAGCUGGGCUUGAAUGGUCUUGGCCCAAGAUACUGAAACUGAAAGGCUCUUUUAAGUUUUCAUGCUUCAACACCAGAGCUGACUUGUUUCCAUCUAAGAAUUAAGAUUUGAGAGAGAGGAAGUAGCAAGUCUGUAGUUCAAAUUUAGUAGCAGAGGCAAUGGCAGAUCGGACGAGACUUAUAACUUACGCUUACAUUCUUCUUUACAUCGCUCUCUCUAGUGGCCAGAUCUUCUUUAACAAGUGGGUUUUAUCAUCUAAGGAAAUAAACUUUCCUUAUCCUCUUGGAUUGACUCUACUUCACAUGGUCUUCUCUUCGGUUUUGUGUUUUACACUAACCAAAGUUUUCAAGGUCAUGAAAGUUGAGGAGGGAAUGACAGCAGAAAUAUAUGCAACCUCAGUUAUUCCAAUAGGUGCAACAUUUGCAAUGACCCUUUGGCUGGGAAACACUGCCUACCUGUAUAUUUCCGUGGCUUUUGCACAAAUGUUGAAGGCUGUUAUGCCAGUUGCUGUUUUUAUUCUUGGAGUAGCUGCUGGACUUGAGGUGAUGAGCUGCAGAAUGUUGUUAAUUAUGUCAGUUAUCAGUUUUGGUGUUCUUGUGGCUUCUUAUGGAGAGAUAAAUAUCAGCUGGAUUGGAGUUGUGUAUCAGAUGGGUGGAGUUGUUGGAGAAGCCUUGAGACUUAUUUUCAUGGAGAUUCUAGUAAAAAGGAAGGGUCUGAAGUUAAACCCUAUAUCUGUCAUGUAUUAUGUUAGUCCCUGCAGUGCUCUUUGCCUAUUUAUUCCUUGGAUUUUUCUCGAGAAACCAAGGAUGGAAGCACACGCAUGGAACUUUCAACCUCUUGUGCUAACCCUCAAUUCUCUUUGUACUUUUGCACUCAACCUAUCAGUUUUUCUUGUGAUCUCACAUACCAGUGCUCUGACCAUUCGCGUGGCUGGAGUUGUGAAGGAUUGGGUUGUCGUCUUGCUAUCUGCCCUUCUAUUUGCAGAUACAAAGCUUACAAUCAUAAACCUCCUUGGUUAUUGUAUUGCAAUUGUUGGUGUAGCUGCAUAUAAUAAUCACAAGCUGAAAAAGGAAGCAUCUCAACGUAGCUCUGAUGAAUCACAACCUACUGAGUCUAUACAACUGAUUGCAUCAUCAGUUUCAAAAAGUUAAAUAUAUAGUAAGACUGAUCUGCCAAGACAUCCUACAGCUGCUCCUAUAUUGCAUUAUUCUUUUGCUGGUAUGAAGGUGAAUCGAGUGGGUGUAUUGUGUUCUUUGACGCUGUGAAAUCCAGGAUUACACCAUCAUAAAAAGAACUUCAGCUGAAGACUUCAAAAUUUAAUGUUGUUGUACAAAAUCUAUUUGUAUUUUCAUUUCUUUUUAAUUUUUGAAGGCGGGAGGUGCAAAGCAAAGCAAUUGUUGGGUUCAUUCUACUGAUGUGCAUUCAUUUUUUCCUCCACCUCUGUCAACCUAUAGACAGGUAUAUCCAACUACACUGAGAUCAUACUUUGGAUCUUGAAAAGCUUAUAUGACCUGAGAUUUACAUUUCAACUUGAAGUUUUAUUUGUAAUCCAGAAAAUAACUUACCGGAAGGAGUUUUUACAUAAAACAUUGCUUUUGGUUCUUAAAUUUUUUUACUUUUACUCAUACUUCUGGCUCGGCUCGGCUCGGGUUAUUAUUAUCAAUAGUUAAAAGUAUUAAUUUGAAUA